AUGCAAAACUCAAACAGGCGAGAGGAAGCUUAUAUAUAUAUAAGCACUGCGUUGAGGUUGGCUAUAUCCCAUGGGUUCCACCGCGAGUCUCGAUUAGAAAAGUUUGCCCAUUCCGAGAGGGUCAGGCUUAACCGGCUCUGGUGGACCGUUUACAUGCAAGAGAGGCGCCUAGCAGCUGCUACAGGUAACCCAUCAGGUAUCAACGAUGAAGCGAUCGAAUUGCCGCUACCAACAGACGCGCCAGGAUUCAGCCCUGCAGGACCCCUGUGCACGAAUAUCAAGAUAGGCAGAGUGGUGGGAAGAAUCAUCAGUGAUUUAUAUGGAAAGGAAGCGGAAACAGAACAGUCGUUCGUUUCAAACGUCCAGGAUAUUGUGCAGACGCUAUACGAUAUAUCACAGAACAUACCGUCGGAACUUGACAUCAUUAUUUUUGGCUUUUUCGACCUUGAAUCAGCAGUCUCAGCUGCUAUCGUGAUGACCCUUAUGGCACUGUAUAACUCUGCGUGCCCAGAUCAAGACCGCUUAUAUCCAACGCUGGGACUUAAUGAUGCGCUUGAAGUGCUUCAAUUCUUAGCCGACAAGGGCAAUAUCUUUGCCUUCCAGCGGCUCCAGGAGGCUAAAAAACUUUGGGAGCUGACGAGAGCUUUCCUCCAAAGGGCUCGUGCUGAAACAAACAGCCACAAUACGGUGCCUGAGUUGGACCACAGGCCUGAACUCGCGACAGGUAACCCUACAAAUAACAACGACAAUAGCAGUUGCCCUCCACGAUGGGAAACUGGAUCAUUUCGACAACCAAACACUGAGGAAAACAUAACUGGCAAUGUGGCCAACGACCCAAACGUGAUAAACAUGGCGACGCUCGAUAAUAAUCUAUGGGAUGAAAUCUCAAACAUUUGGACCCUUCGAUCGGAUCCUGGAGGCAUCGUCUUAGCUCCAGGGGAGUUGAUACCUAAUCCACUGACGGAAGACGUCUACAGGCAAUAUUACGCUCUUUACAAUAACGGGCAAGGGUCUUUCAUUGGAGAUGAUAUGGAAGGCUUAACGGACCUAGGCAGAUAUCUAUUCAAUUCUGGAACCUAG